CACCUAAUGUAGCCCUUCUCUUGGAUCAAAACAAUGGAUUCCUCCCACCUAUUAUGAAAAGCAAAAACCAGCAUUACACUAAUCCAAUACACGCCCUACAAUAUUAUGACAAACUCAAAAUCUUAUCAUAUAAUUGUUGUUGUCCAUCAAUUUCUCAAGAACUUCACCAACGAUUAUGCAACACUGCAUGUGGUAAAUAUUUUCCUACCCUUAAAUAUUUGGCAAACCACAAGCAGAGUAAACAUUGUUCAAAGCAUGAACGUUUACCUCGACAAAUGACUAAUUAUAACUCUGCCGAAGAUGUAAUGUAUUCGAACCCAAG